AUUUAUAGUUUUGUUUUGUUUUCCCAUAGCAUUUUUAUUUCUCUCAUCAUUAUUUAUCAUUAUUUUUUAUUCGUCAUCAAUCACUUCAUAAAUUUAACUUGAAACGCUUGAAACCUGCGGAUCGUUGGUUUUGUUCAAAGUUCCUCACAAAGUUCUGGCGUAAUACGGAAAACUUUACACUUCAAACAAGCCCCAACACUUUUUAAGAGAUGAUUCGACCGGAAAUUGUUCAGCAGCUGGCGUGCCCAUCGUUCGGGCUCGCCACAUCAUGGAUUAUCUCGCGCCAGGGACGACCAGCCGAAACGCCGGAACAAGUGUGGCGAGAGUUCCGUCGGGAAACGUGGCCCUUUCCCACUACUGCGACCGGACAAGUUAAAGAUGAUGGCAAAGCCAGAAAGCUACGGGAACAAGCGAACGAGUUCUACCGGAAGAACCCUGGCGAGACAAAGAAAGUUUUGCGGAUGUAUAACGAGGGAAUUUGUUGGGCGACGGAGGACUCGGAAGAAACAGGAAUGGGGUUCGGAAAUCGAUCGGCAAUCUAUUACAAGUCUGGUGAUUUCAGAAGAUGUUUGGCAAAUGUUGAACAGGCGAAAGCUCACGGAUAUCCGGCAGAGAAGAUGGCAAAACUGGAGGAACGGAAGAGGAAGUGCUUGGAGGCGCUAACGAGUAAUUCGAAUGGUGCAAGUGCUGAGCAAGUGGAUGAAAAUGAGACAAGAUAUGAUUUGGAGAUUAUAGAAUCGAAGGAAUAUGGCAGAAGUUUAACAUCGAAGAAGGAUCUAAACGUGGGCGAAAUAGCCUUGGCGGAGACGUUUCCGUCGCUGGUGGUGGUUGAACCGGAAGAAAUUUAUAAUAGAUGCAGCCAAUGUGGAAACAGCAAUGGGUUGGAUUUAAUUGCCUGUCGGUCGUGCGUAUCGGUUAUGUAUUGUUCCGAACUAUGCAGGGAUGAGGCCUACAAAAGGUAUCAUAAAUUCGAAUGCUUGAUUGGUGAGGAUUUGGAGAAGCUCUUUCGAGGUCCCAAACCGACUCGAAUGUUUCAACUCACGCUGAGAUUAUUUUGGAUGGUGAUCGAUGAUUUAGUCAAAAAUAUUCACGGAUUUCUAGAGAGUUACCAAAAGGGUCUGAAGUCCUACAGGAAUCCUUUGGAAUUGGAUUUGACUAAUCAGCUGCAUUUGCAUGUUUUGGCGAAUAGUGAACCAGAAACGGAGUCUGAUCCUACUGGGAGAGGUGUGACACAAUUUUUGACGGCGCUAAUAUUUAAGGUAGCUGUGGAGGAAAAUCCAGCUGUUCCGAAUGAACCUUUGAUGGAUAAUGCCAAAGUAUUGGUGGAAAUUUUGUAUAAACUGACUUUAUUGGCCAAAGGAAUUUGCGAUCAGAGUGUUAAUGGAUUAACUUGCUAUUAUCCGCUUCUGCAGAUGGUCAACCAUUCGUGCGCACCCAACGCGGAACGCAUCAUGGUUCAGGAUCAACGAUCGAUACUUUUGGUUAAGCGACCCAUAAAAGCUGGAGAACACAUUUUGAUAUGCUAUUUUCCCAACGGAAGCACUGAUUACAAAAACAGGUCUCAACGAAGAGAGAUGCUUCAAAAAGAAUUCCAGUUGGAUUGCAAAUGUUUGGGUUGCACUUUAGACUAUCCCUUGCUGAGUGCCAUCGAAGAGAACGCCGAUUUGAGGACUCGCUUGGAGGAUAUCAAAUCAAAGCCGAAGGACGAACAGAUGAAACUGCUGGAGGACUUUCUGCAGCAGAGUGAUGAUCAGUUUCCGCAAAAGGAGCUUGCCGAGGCGUGGAACUUGUACAUACAGGAGAGAAUGAAGCAUCUUUGAAUGCUCGAAAAAAAAGAACUAAACCAUCGAAACAAUGUUUCAAUUGAGAAGGCCCUGUAGUAAAUGCCAUUAAUAUUUAAUUUUACGUAAAACAUAUUUAACGACUUUGUAAACAUGGCAUUCAGAUGGGAUGUCUACUAAUAUUAAUUUUGUAUGAUUUUCUUUAAUCCUAGCUUAUGUUUCUUUAUCUGUAUUCGAUUUAAGUUUUAAUUUUGUUUUACCUUCAGAAUUUUAUUAUUCUUGGAUUGAUUUUUGUUUUGUUUCAUUAUCAAUUUGUUUACUCGAAGAAUUUGAACGAAAAAUUAGGAACAAGUACCCCGAUUUUUACAAAAAUGUGAUGUAAAUACUGAUUCAACCGCAAUAUAUUUGAUUUGUAAUGAGCAUUGUA